AUGCCGACUCAGCCGGACGACUUGCUCAUGUCCCUCCAAUCUUCCCUUCGCAACACGCUUGCAACGUUCGGCGCGGAGAGCACACAAUAUCGCAACACCAAGCUCAUGGUUGACGAGUAUAUGGCCAAGCUUGCCAUGGAGGGUCUAUCAAUUUCAUCAAAAGAACCUCAGCAGGACAACCCAAGGGUGCAGAGAGGGUAG